AUGCUUCUAAACACCAGCCUUGUUGCGGUUGUCGGCAGUGGGAUGAGCAGCAGCAGCAGCCGGAGGAUGUUGCGGCUGUUCAACUGCAAGCCCUCUCUCGCUGCUUCCAGCAGCAGUAGCAACAGUUUGAUUGGGUGUGUGACUCAACCGUAUGCAAUAUGCGGAGUUAAGCUGACACCUGAGAGGCUUGUUCUGCUGACGGAGAAACACAUAUCCAUUUAUGUGCUGCAGUCGCUCACACUGCUACGGACUCUAGAGAGGCACCCGAAACUGCCGCAGCAGCCGCGGGGAUUGCUUGCUGCUGCUGGAACAGCAGCUGUGGCAGCGGUGGCAGCUGCUGCAGCGUCCGCUGCUACGCACGAACCGGAGAUUCUGCCUCAAGAUUCAUGGGCAGCCGAUACGACAGCAGCGAACGGCCAGGCACAUGCAGCGGCUGCUGCUGCUGAGGCCAACGAGGCCGUGAUGGCCGUGGGAUGGAGCCCAGAACACAGUUAUCUGGCCCUGCCUGCAGGACCUCAGUACGUGCUCAUGCUUCUCCUGCUGGUGUUGCUGCUUCUGCUGCUGCUGGAUCUGCAGGGCAUAACUUCACGACAAGGGGAGCUGCAGCGCAUAGGUCUUGCGGGGGCCCGAACCAGAGAAGCAGUAGCAGUACCCGCAGUGCCUGUAAUAGAAGCUGUAGCAGCAGUAGCAACUGUAGCAACAGUAGCACCAGUUACAGCAGUAGCAGUAGCAGCAGUGGCACAGCUUGCUGAAGCCACGGGGGUGGAUGCAUGCAUGCUUAAAUGCAUCGGGCUGUAUAGGGAGGCUUCUGUCGUCCGUAUUUUCUCGGUUCCUUCCCUGGAUCUGCUGCUGGCUCUGCAUCUCCACAGCCCGCAGCUGCUUCUGCAGGGAGCGCGGCCCCUUUCCUUUCAACCGGGUGCCCGCACAGGGAGCAGCAGCAACAGCAGCAUAGGUGUUCCUUCAGGCUGGGCACCUCCCACUACCCGUCCUUUGACCGUGAUGGGGAGGGACGUUCACCGCAGCAAAACCGAGGAGCAAGACGUAGACUUGCUCAAGUCAACAGGCACUGCAGGCGAAGAAGCACAAGACGCAGGAGCAGAAGCUUCGAGUCAAGCAACACCCGGCACGAAGGACAACAGGUCACUGCAGGACCAGGAGCAGAAGCAGCCAAACCAGCAGCAGCCGAAGCAUCAGCAGCACGGAGGCAGCAAGAAGCAGAAGCAAAAGAAAUAUGCGGUCAUGGAGGGACAUAAGAAAAGCCCAAGCGCGGGAACAGCUGCAGCAGAACCUGUGGCUGUAGUGCAGACAUCUGCCUGCGUUGCUGCAGCUGCUCCUCCUGCUGCUUCUUCAGAGUCUUCUGCUGCUGUAGCUACGACGGUUUCGAGUACUGCAACAUCAAAAACGCUGCAGUGCGCAGAGUCUUCUGGGAGCAGCACAGCCAACCGACCAGCGCCGAAAGGCAGGAUCUCCAAGCAGAAACAAAGGCAGCAGCAGCAGCACCAACAGCAACAGCAACAGCGGAAAGAACAGCAGGUAAAACAACCGCAGAAGCUAGAACAAGUUGAGCCAUCUUCGAAUGCGGCGCGAUUGCCAGUUGCUGAUAGAGACCGGCCUGUUGCCAGUAGCAGCAGCGCUACGACCAACAGUAGCAGCAACAGCAGCAGCAGCAAAGUAUGGCGCAGCAGCGGCAGCGGCAGCGGAAUUUCCAGUAGUAGCGACGAUGAGAACGGAGCAUACGAGAGCGCUGUAGGAUCUAUCAACAGCAGCAGCAGCAGUUGCACUAGCAGCAGCAGCAGCAGCAGUUGCACUAGCGGCAGCAGCAGCAGCAGUUGCACUAGCAGCAGCAGCAGUUACAGCAUCAAGCCGGCUGUUCGCAGCACUGUGGUAGGGACCGCAUCACCGAAGGCGUCGGAUGACAAGACAGCAGAAGCUGCACCAUGGUUUGCUGCAACAGCUGCAACAGGUUGUGAAGCAACGACAGCAGCAGUAGCUCCAACUGUUGCUUUGGAACCGAAGAUGUCAGCGCGGCAAAAGAAGAAAAAGGAGAAGAUGCAGAAACAGCAACAACGGACAGCUGCUGUGAAGAUUGCCGAGGCUGCACCGCAGCAGCAGCAGCAAUACCACGACGAGCAGGCAAUCGAAUGGAGCCAGCAGACAAAGAAGGAAGCAAGCUGGCUGCAGGAGCAACAACAAAAGCCACAGCAGCAGCAGCACCAAGGACGUUUCAACGACGACAGUGCUGUUGGUGAGGUGGUGUGUCGAGCUGCCAAUGCUAAAAAGCAGAAAUCGAAGCAGCAACAACAGCAAAAACCGCAGCAGCAGCAGAAGCAACCUUCUGCUAUACAUGAAAGAUAUGCAGGCCUGUCAGUGUCCGUGGAGAAGGACAGCAGGAACCCUGCAGCAUCUGCUGGUGGUGCAAGAAGGGCAUCAGUAGCAGCAACAGCAGUAGCAGAACAAGAAGAAGCGGCUGCAACUGCAUUGGGUGGGCCCGUUGUGACUUCGUCGGAGCAGCGGCAGACGGAGCAGCAACAGGCACACGAAGAGCUUCACAGACACACCGGAGGCCAGCCAGCCGACGCAGCUGUAGCAGCAGCUGCAGCUGGUGCAGCUGCAGCAGUGACUGCAGCAGCAGAAGGGGGUCCACAAACGGAGGCAGAGAAGGACAGAGAAGAUGAAGGAUGGAUUAUUUGUGGUGCCGUAAGGGGUGCUACUGUUGCCCGCCGCAGCAACGGCCCAGCUGAGCAGCAGCAGAACGAAGGAGUCGGCGAUCGACUCAGCAGCAGUAACAGUGCGGCGUUGUCAGCAGAAUGGGACAAUGUGGAGACACCUGGUGCCUUCACUCCCUCGGGCUGCAGCAGUCCCUACAGCAUUGGGAGCAGCCAUAACUCGAGCGGCAGGACAGCAGCACAAGCAGCCUUUCCUGCGGUAAAUCGCAAGGCAGCAACAGCACCACGAGAAGUCCAAGCAACAGCAGCAGCACCAGCACUCGAGGAGGAGGGGGCUGAGUCCCGCGGCAGCAGCUGGGCCGGGAAGCCGAACAUGCGGUUGCUUGCGGAUUCCUUCGAGUGUAUGGAAGACGGCACCGACACACAGCAGCAGCAACAGCAAUCGCCAGGAUGGCUGGGUAUUUCCGAAGGCAGCAAGAUCAGUGCGGAUGGCAUCGGCCGGUCGGCCAGCAGCGGCGGUUCGGGCGAAGAGUUCGUCGGAACGGCGCCGCUGCAGCGGCGGCAUCAACAACAACAACAACGAGGGGAGGCAGCAAAGACACCCCAGCAGCGAGGUUUGAUCCAGCUGACUGGGGAGGCUGCGUGCGGCUCAUUCUUGAAGGGUGGCGAUGCCCUGCGCCAGGUUUCUCUUACCUUUUCUGGCUGCAGCCGCAUCUUUACAGUUUCGCGGGGCGACGGACUCGUCUUCGUGUUUAGCCUGCCUUGGUCCCCAGAAGAGCUGCAACGACACUCUAAAUGCGGCUUAGCUGCCCAACAGCAGCUGCUGCGAACGCUUGUACAGGGAGCAGCAGGAGGAAGCGGCAAGCCAAACGGUUCUGUUGCUGCUACUGCUACUGCUCCGGCUGCGAAGUUGGUGGAACCCGCGGGCUGUGCCACAAUUGACGCAGCAAGUGGAGCUACGCCAUCUCCAGCUUCUGCAGCUCUUGCACAGCCGGCGUCUGCUGCUGGCAGCAGCAGCAGCAGCAGGAGCAGCAGCAGCAGCAGAUUUUCCAACUUCACCGGUGCUGCCACUUCUGCCUUGGCUUCUCUAACGUCUAUGCUGCUGCCGUCUUCUGUAAGCGAACGGCUACUGCAUGCGCGCGGUUGCGACUGCUGCAUAUCUCUCCCAUCCGUGGCCAAGGGCUGCGUGGCGUGUGUGGCUCCUUCGGACCUUCUUCCAGGGGACGAAUUUGAGGUAUUGGUCGGGCUCAACAGCGGAUUGGCUUACACGUACAGCUGCAAGCUGCAUCCUACUUGCAGGCUACGAGACGAGCAGAUCUUGGAGACCCAGACAAACGAUAGCUAA